GCGCUAGAAGGCGUCUAGAAGAGGUGACAAAGCUGCUGCAAUCACAGAAAGGAGCAGCGGAGUGACCGCUGUAAGUGCAAGGGAAAGUGCAGAAGGGCCAGGCUGGAGCCAGAGAAGCUGGCUGGAGGCCGAGCGCGCUGCUGCGGGCCGGAUACUCACUGCCUGUUGGGCGCAGAGCGAGGACGCAGGGAGAGGACUCACCUUCAUUCGUUCUGUGAAUCUUCACGCACAGCCUCCUUCCGUCUCCAGGCAGACAUUCGUGUGCCGCGCGGUACAGGGGUUUGUGAGGAGCCGAGGACCAAUUCUUAUUACCACCUGGUGCCCAAACACAUACAACAAACCUGGGCGGUGGAGGCUUUGCUUCAGCCCAGGCUUCCUUUCCUGCUCCGAGGGCAAGAUGGCAGAGAAUGAAGGUUCCCAGGACACCUUGCGGCUCCAGUUCAGGGCCAUGCAGGAGAUGCAGCACAGAAGGUUACAGAAGCAGAUGGAGAAACGGAAGGAAAAAGAACUGAGCCUCCAAAGCAGAGUUAAUGACCAGAAAGAGCCCCUGGAGAUCUCUGAUGGCCUCAGCGUCCUCCAAGCCGGGGAGCAGAACUCAAAAACCAGCUUUGAGCAGAGGGUGCUUGAAGAUGAGAUCCAACAGCUGCGGGAUCAACUCAGGGAAACAGUGGAUGAGAACGGGCGAUUGUAUAAGCUGCUAAAGGAGAGGGAUUUUGAAAUCAAACACCUCAAAAAGAAGAUAGAAGAGGACAGAUUCGCCUUCACAGGGACAGCUGGUGCAGCUGGAGAUGUGAUCGCCACCAAAAUUGUUGAGCUGUCCAAAAAGAACCGGGUGCUGAUGGCAGAGUCAGAGGGCGCGAAGACCAGAGUGAGGCAGCUGAGCAACCGCAUCCAGGAGCUAGAGCAGGAGCUGCAGACGGCCCUUGCCAGAUUGCCAGCCAAGGGGGCCACCGACGCAGGAACCAAGCCUCUGAGGGCCCAGAUGGGAGACAGAAUCUUGCCGGAGAGCCCAGAGGUGAAGGUCUUGCAGGACAGGCUGGCGGCUACAAACCUGAAGAUGAGUGACCUCCGCAACCAGAUCCAGGCUGUGAAGCAGGAGCUCCGGAUAGCCCAGAAGGUUUUGACCAGUGAGGUUGGGGAAGAUGUGAACAUCCAGCAGCUCCUGUCCUCUCCUGGCUCCUGGAGGGGUCGGGCUCAGCAAAUCCUCGUCUUGCAGAGCAAGGUUCGAGAGCUUGAGAGACAGCUGGGACAGACCCGGAGCCAGUCUAUAGAAACAGCCAGUGAUGAGCUGCCUGCCCAUCCAGACCCAAGGAAGCUGUCAGCACAGGAGAAAAACCUGUUGAGGAUCCGCAACCUGGAGAGAGAAAAACAGGAAGGCUGGGAGAAACUUGCGGCGGAGCGAGAUGCCCCAAGAGAGCUCGAAGAGCUGAAAAAGAAGUUUGAGGGUGUGAGGUCCCGCAACAAGGUGCUGUCGAGUGAAGUGAAGACCCUCAGGAGUCAGAUGGGGACCCUCGUGGAGAAGGGCCGGCAUGAUGACGAACUUAUUGAUGCCCUCAUGGACCAGCUGAGGCAGCUACAGGAGAUACUGGGCAGCCUGAGUCUACAGGAGGAAAAGACACGAGUGUCCCAGCACCACCUGGACCAGCAGCUCAACAACGAGGCUCAGCGGAGCAGCAGCCUUGUGGCCCAGCUGCGGGCCAUGGUGGCUGAGCGGGAGGCCAAGGUGCGGCAGCUGGAACUGGAGAUCGGGCAACUUAGCGUGCAGUAUCUUCGGAAUAAAGGAGUAGGUGAGGGGUCCAGUGGGCCUGAGGUCAACCCUGCCACCACCAAGUUCCCCAAUGAUCUGGGCCUGGCCAGGUCCCCAGCCUCAGCAGCAGGUGAUCACGCUGGCAGGCUUGGAUCUUCACGCUCCGUGACCAGCCUGGGCCACACGCUGGUGGAAUCUGCUCUCACGUGGCCUUCCCUGCCCAGUCCUCACGGGCCAUCACCCAGGUUCUUGGACUCACCAGAACAAAAAGGCUGGCAGACACAGGUGACAGAGUUCAAGGCCCUCUGGCAGGCCGCUGAGGUGGAACGUGACCGGCUCACAGAAUUUGUCACUGUCCUGCAGAAACGUUGUACCUCAGAGCCUGAGCAGGUAAGUGCCAGGGAGUAUGGCAGCCCCUCUCGUCACCAGGGUGGAGAGAGCAACAUCAAGCUUCUGGAGUCGGAGAGGAAGCUGCAGGAGGAGCGGCACCGCACUGUGGUGCUGGAGCAGCACCUGGAAAAAAUGCGCCUGGAGCCUGCAAGGACGUCAACCUCUCAGAGAGCAGCCCCCAGGAGCAAAACAGGUCUUCCCGCCUCUAACACCAAGCAUAACCUGAACGGGAGUGAGAGGAAGGACCUGUCCUCUACCCAGCUCUCCAAUGUGCCUGUGGAAUCCCAGAUGGAGGAGCUGACCACCAGGAUAGCCAUCCAGGUGGAGGAGAAUGAAAUGCUGAAGGCUGCCCUGGACAGUACCCUGCGGGGAAAGGAGGAGGACUUCCGUAUGUACCACGAGACCCUGGGCCAGGUAAAAGGAGUCUUUCUGCAGGCCCUGCGGCAGCAGAAGGUGGACAAGCACUAGGAUGGCAGCUCAGGCUGGACAGGGCAGCCUCCGGCCUUGAGAGGACCAGGAUCUGUCUGAGGAAUCCAUCUGCCCCUGAAAGCCAAUCUGGGGCAGCCAGCUGGGCCCCUUCUCCCAGAAGAGACUUUCCAAGAGUGACCAGAGCCAACAAACCAUGGUAGGAUUGCAAAGGAGAAGCCCUGGGCAGGCUUGGCUACAGCGUGGAAAGAAGCCCAGUGGUCUGUUGGCAUCAGCAAGAGCUCUGGGAUUACAAGCUGGUUUUGAAUGUACAGAUGCAGUCCCUUGGGCAGGUGCUCAUCAGCCUUGUCCUAGAGCCUAGUGGGGGACCCUUAAUGCCCACAGGUCUCCAUAUGUGCAGGAGAGCCCAGAGUGCUCCAGGCUGGGAGCAUCCCAGCCCCAUCCCCCUAUCCCUCACCAGAGCAUCCUCACACACCACUCCCCGCUCCAUCCCCACCCUCCACAGACUUGGGAGCAUCAUUCUCUCUUGUCAGCCCACCCUUUAGGGCUCUUCCAUUGAUGCAGACCCUCAGGCUUGUAAUAAUAAUGGUGUUUUCAUGAUCACUGAAGCUCCCAGUGAGCAUCUACUUGGCAACCUGACCCCAUUUAGACCUCCAGGAUCCCAGGGUGUUGUCACCCCAUUUUACAGAGAAAGUGAGGCUCACAGAAAGACAAUGAGCUAAUAUUUAACACUAGCCUGCCUGCUUGCAAAAACCAGGGUCCUCCAGUUGAGCAGAUUAGGUAUAGGUGUGUGACAGGGACUGUUGGCACGCAGCUCCACAGCAGUAGAUGUAGGUGUGCCUACCCACUGCUGGGCAGCUCAGCCCCUCACAGCUGCUCCAAGAGGCACCUCCUUUUACUUUCAAAAGGCUGAAGCUUGUGAGUGCUGGUGGCAGAGGGCAGAGGUGGGGCCAACUUGGAGCUUUGGGCAGAAGAAUUUUGAGGCAGUGGGUCCAGAAAAAGGCAUGGUGUGCCUCCCUCACUGCAGCACUGGGGUGAACUGGGAGGGGUGCUGCUGCCCCAUGCCCCUCUGUGACUGCCGCAGAGUGUCACCCCCUCUACUGCAGUUACUGCCAUGAGGAGGGGUGGCUCCAUGGUCUGUGGCCACACACCCAACUCUAGAUAUUGUGGCCACAACUGUGCACACACAGGCCACACCAAAACACAGAUGUACACAGAUACCUAGACUCAGGAGCAUGCAACUAUAUGUAUACACAUGUUACCACAGACAGUGCCAGCACAACACUCAUAGGCCCCUCCCCUCCACACAGGUGAGUGUGGUUGCGUGCAUGCCUGUGUGGAUGUGGAUGCACAUUCCCGCUUGUGAAGACCAGUCAUGUGUGUCACCUGUGUGGUGACUCACAAACACAGUACUUAUGUGAAAAUCCCCUCCCCAGGGGAAACCACCUGGGCCUUCUAGGACCCUGUCUGCUUGAGCUUUUCCUCAGAGGUGAGGCUGAGGAGGGACUUUGUGCCAGCCUUCCACUCAGAGCUCCCAAUCCUGUAUGGGGUACAGGUCUAGAGACCCCCAGCAAGUGUAGUGAAAGCCAUCAGGAUGAAGGGAUCCUAAGGGUCCCUGAAAAGGAAGUUUUCCUCUGAUCCCACAUGAAGUGAAAUAGCCAGGCAGAGCUAGAGAGAGGAAGAGGACCUGUGCUGGGAGGUGGCUGUGUGACAGUGAGGAAUGCGCCAGAUGCAGUUAGAAUGAGGCCAAGCAGUUAGCACCUUCUCCUGCAGGCGCCAGGGAGCCCAGAGGGUGAUCUGAGUGCAGAGGGGUGCAAGCUCUGGCCCUAAGCAGAGCCCCUGGGAGGGGAAGGCAAGCAUAGGACUGGCCAUCCUUCUUGGGGAUGGAUGGAGGCCAGGGGUCACCUCAAGGGAGUGCAGGGUGGCAUGAUCCAUACCCUUGACUACUCAAGGUAGUUUUGCUGUCCUUCCUGGCCCAGGGCUGGGUAUGAGGAGGAAAGGGUUUCUGGCCCUGGAGUCUGAACAGGUAGGAGUGCCUGAGGCAGAUUUCUCUCCACUCACCACCUGUGUAUCCUUGGGCAAGUUACUUAACCUUCUGAGCCUCAUCUGUAAAAUGGGGACACUAAUAGAAACCUUCCUCAAAGACUGUUAUCGGUGUCAGAAUGCCUCCAAGACACUUAACUGAUUUUAGCUUGCUGUGUAUUUCUGUAGGGAUAUGUGUCAAUAGAUGGAUUCCACAUUGGAUGGGGAGGAAACUGCAGUUGGGCACAGGAAAUCCUGUUAGCACAUUUUCGGGCAAACUGAUUAGUGGGCAUCUUGCAGAAGUUAGUCUGCAAUCUUUAGCCAACUAUGGGUGUAAACAGGACAGUUUUAAUUUACAGGUUCUGCAGGCAGCCCUGAGAGCUUUGCUGUGGAGCUGUGUGCCAACAGUCCCUGUCACACACCUGCCACCAGCACCCUCAGCUUAGUCAGAGCAGGUCUACUCCACUCCCCUGUCAGAAUCUCUCUUCAGGACUCACUGAGUUAAAAGGUGCCAAGUACUAGCACAGCGGCUGGCACACAGUAAGUGCUCAAUAAAUGUUAGCCCUCAAUAUGACCUCUAUUAGUUCAACAAAUACCUGUCAAGCAACUCCUCUGCCCCAAACGUGAGGGUUCCAAGCAAGGGAGACACAGUCCCUGAGCUCUAGGAAGCCUCAGGUCAGCUGGGGAGACAGAUUCCAAGCCACUAUCCAAUCAGCCAGCUGGCCAUCAAGCAGUCAUUGAGUGCCAACUGCAUGCCAACCUCUCCAGGACUGUGAGGGGCCUGGAGGUGAAUUUGACUUGCUGCUGCAUUCAAGGACCUGCUGGUCCAGACAGAGAGGCUUGGGAAACAGAGGGCCACCAUGGACCAGAAGGGGUAUGCAGAAGCAGCACCUCAGAGCCCCCUGUAUUUCCUGCUGUGGCUUCCAGGCUCUUUGCCCAGGUCUGGGUGGGGUGGGGGCUGUCCUUCCAAUCUCCUAGAGGUGUGGGUGGAGGAGGGUAAACGGGAAGGCCCAGGAGAGCCUUUAAGGGAGGAAAGGGUUUUUGUCAAAGGAGCCAAGAACUAGGGCCCUGAAGAAUAUAACUCAAGUGGGUCAGGUGGGGAGUGGGGCAACCUGGUCCAUCCAGGUUAGUGUCCAUGGCCCCUCCUGAGUAGCACCACUUAUUACUGUCCCCGUAGCCAUGAGCAUGACCUCCCCAGCCCUCACGCCAGUGGGCAGCAGGUGGGCUAUAAGUGCCUUUCACAGAUGAGAACACUGAGGACCUACCCAGAGCCACAAGGUGGUGGGCGCAGGUGACAGGUGCAUGGAGAGUGGAGGAACAACAAGCAGAGGCUGAGGAUGGGAAACCUCAUGUGAGGCCUCUCCCUGGCUGUACCCCAGGCAGGUGCUGUGGACCUGGAGCUCAGGUGACAGUCUCACUGACAGGUGAGACCUGGUUGAGCCAUGGGCAUGGCUUGGCCACUGUCCCGUGGGGGCCUCUAGGGCACCACAGCUGAACUGGACAAGGCUGCAGUCUGGCUCAGGCUGACCCAGCCCCAAACACAUCCCAUUGUCCCUGGGCCAUUCCCUGCUCUCAGGAGUCCAAGUCAGGUGGCCUGCAGCAAAAGGACUCAUUUGGGGCCCUGCCCCACUUCCAGUGGCCAGAACUAGCCUCCCGAUCUCUCCCCCAGGGAGCCCACGACCACCCUACAAGGAAGUCUCUGCCCACCCACCCCCUCUCCACAGGCUGCCACACACACCGUAUCUCCUACAGUCCCUGAGCCUUACACACACACACACACACACAGAGUACACGCAGGAGUACACACACAUGCCAUAAACAUACCAAAAAACCCCACACAGACCCCACACACAACCAAGACAAUUAUACACACACACACACAUACGCACGCACACACACACACAUUUUCCCUGCAUUUUUACUUUGAUCAACAAGAAACAUGAAAAGACCUGAGACUUGAGUGAAUUGGCUCCCCUGCCCACGUUUCCCAGUAGCCCUUGCUGGUCUUCCUGCAGUCACUUCCUGCUCCUCAUUUUGUGGAUGCAAGGCGUCUUCCUCUCUCACCACCCCUCACACAGAAGGGAGCUGACCUCAAGCUGUUCAGCUCAGGUCCAAGAGGCCUCCCUAGCCCUCCACCCUCAUGCCACCCCAUAUGCCAAGCUCCCUACAAACCCCACUGCACAGGACUCACCCAGUGGACCACUCUUCCUGCUUUGUCUGGACCUCUGGAGCAAGGGCGUCUCGGUCUAAGAGCCUCUCUUUAUAAGCAGCUCAGUGAGCCAGGCCUCGGCCAAGCAAUGAGUCACUGAAUCCCCCCAAGAACCCAGUGAGGUCAGGGCCGGCAGUGUGCCCAUUUACAGACGAGUAUGAGGCUCAGAGAAGUGGAUUGCCAGCAAGGUGAAGCUCAGGCUCAAGUCAGAUGGCUGAACCUGUGCUCUUAAAAGUGGAGCUAUACCAACCCAUCUGCUUCCCGGAACCAUUCUCUUUGAGCCUCACAAGGGCACAACCUGAUGGCCAGCCCAGGCUGGUCUCAGCCAGCAUUGGGUAUAGAUAGGUGAGCUAAGUUCUUGCCCUUGCAGGGCAGUCAGCUCCAGAAGCUUAUGGGGCUGACCCAACUACCUAACCUAAUCUCCUUGUAUGUCAGGUUCCUUUUCUAUCAACUGAGGAAAAUGGUACAGGUAACCCCUUCCCUGGCGAUUGUGGUACAUUAAAGAUGUACAGCCUUAGAAACA